GAGUUCUACUCAAUUGACUAAUAUUUGCAUACACACACAACAACUCUAAUCACUUUUCUUGUUCUUUCCAUGGGCAUGGAAUUUUACGUAAGUUUCCUGGUGAAUGUGAAGCAGAGUAAAAAAACUCGAGUCCACAGUCGUGUGGAAACUGCACACAUUUCCGUAUUAAUACUUUUACAUUAAUCAAAGUUACGCACGCAAUCCUUGAUCGGCAAACAUGUCGGUCCGGCAAUUCCGGCAAAGGGUGAUUGCUCCAUUACCCUGUUUCCUUCUCUUCGCUGUCUUCCUAGUCUCCCCAUCCAAAUCCGAUGAGCUGCAGCUGCUUCUCAACUUCAAGUCCUCGCUUAAAGCUUCAAAAACCAAUGUGUUUGCUUCAUGGAUAGAAGGGAACUCUGUGUGUAACUUCGCUGGCAUUUCUUGCAACUCCGAUGGACUGGUUAGAGAAAUCAAUCUUACCCAGAAAAGUCUGGAGGGGACUCUUGUGUUUGAUUCUCUUUGUGGGCUUAAAUCACUGGAGAGAGUCUCUCUGGGUUUAAAUCUUUUGCAGGGGAGCAUAACAGAGUACUUGAGGAAUUGUACAAGCUUGAAACAUCUUGAUUUGGGUUUUAAUUCAUUCAAUGGAAGCGUACCUGAAUUGUCCAGUUUAAGCAAGUUGGAGUUCUUGAAUUUGAACAACAGUGGAUUUUCAGGGAUAUUUCCAUGGAAGUCACUGGAAAAUCUUACGAGUUUGUCUUUCUUAAGUCUUGGAGACAACCCGUUCGAUGAAAGUCCAUUUCCUAUGGAGGUCUUAAAGCUUGAGAAACUAUAUUGGCUUUAUCUCUCAAACUGCAGCAUCAAAGGCAAGAUUCCAGAGGGUAUUGGAAAUUUAACUUUGUUGGAGAAUUUUGAACUAUCCGAUAAUCAAAUCUUCGGAGAAAUCCCUGUAGGAAUUACAAGACUCAACGGGCUUAGGCAACUUGAGCUUUAUGACAAUUCCUUAACCGGAAAACUUCCAUACGGGUUUGGAAAUCUAACAAGUCUGGUGAAUUUCGAUAUCUCCAAUAACAGUCUUGAAGGUGAUCUCUCAGAGUUGAGAUUCCUGAAACAACUCGCUUCAUUACACCUCUUUGAGAACGAGUUUACUGGAGAGAUUCCUCAAGAGUUUGGUGAGUUCAAGAACCUUGUGGAGUUCUCAGUUUACACAAACAUGCUCACCGGCUCACUCCCUCAAAAUAUAGGCUCGUGGGCAGAUUUCAAUUACAUCGACGUGUCGGAGAAUUUCUUGACAGGAACUAUACCAGCUGACAUGUGCAAGAACGACAAAAUGACUGAUCUUCUGCUUUUGCAGAACAAGUUCACUGGCCAAAUCCCGGAAAGUUAUGCAAACUGUAAGUCUCUUGUUCGUCUCCGCAUAAAUAACAAUUCACUUACUGGUGUUAUUCCUGCUGGGUUAUGGAGUUUGCCAAAUCUAUCUAUACUUGACCUCACAAUGAAUCAAUUCGAGGGUCCGGUGUCACCUGACAUUGGUUAUGCAAGCUCUCUUUCACAAUUGCUUUUGGCUAACAAUAAGUUUUCUGGUGAAUUACCUGAUGCAAUCUCGCGUGCUUCCUCAUUAGUCUCGAUACAUCUAGACUCGAAUAAAUUUUCUGGGCCCAUACAAGCAUCUAUUGGAAAAUUAAAGAAGCUGAACAUUCUAUAUUUGGUUGACAACAUGUUUUCUGGUUCUUUACCAGAAUCUUUAGGUUCAUGUGUCUCUCUUGCCGACAUAAACCUCGCUGGCAAUUCGUUUUCAGGAGAGAUUCCUGCCAGUCUAGGAUUAUUACCUACUCUGAACUCCCUCAACUUAUCCUACAACAAACUUUCUGGUGAAAUCCCAACAGCUUUGUCAUCCUUAAAACUAAGCUUACUUGACUUAUCAUACAAUCAGUUGGUUGGUCAGGUACCAGAUUCUUUGUCACUUGGUAGCUUUGAUGGGAAUUCGGGCUUAUGCAGCCAAACCCUGAAAGGAUUUCGAUCAUGUGCAUCAAAAUCUGGAAAGUCUAAUCAACUUAGGACAUUCAUGUUCUGCUUCAUAUCAGGAACACUUUUGGUGUUAAUUUUGAUGGGAUUUUUACUGUUCUUGAAGUUAAGAAAGAAGAAUCUCAGUCGUCCUUUGAAAACGUGUUCCUGGAAAAUGAGAUCAUUUAGAGUACUAAGUUUCAGUGAAAGGGACAUUACUGAUGCCAUCAAGUCAGAGAAUUUGAUAGGCAAAGGAGGUUCAGGAAAUGUGUACAAAGUUGAGCUUGGCAAUGGCAAGCAACUUGCAGUGAAACACAUAUGGAUGCCAGGCUCCAAUGACCAGAGAGCCUAUCAAAGCAGCUCAGCUAUGCUGAGUCAAAGGAACCUCAGGUCACCAGAGUUCGAUGCGGAGGUGGCCACAUUAAGCAGUAUUAGGCAUGUGAAUGUGGUAAAGCUAUACUGCAGCAUCACAAGUGAGGACAGUAAUCUGCUUGUUUAUGAGUACCUACCUAAUGGGAGUCUGUGGGAUCGGCUGCACACAUGUCAGAAGAUUGAUAUGGGGUGGGAGAUGAGGUACUCGAUUGCUGUUGAGGCUGCAAGGGGAUUGGAGUAUCUCCACCAUGGUUGUGAUAGACCUGUGAUACACAGGGAUGUGAAGUCAAGUAAUAUCCUCUUAGACCAUAACUGGAAGCCUAGGAUUGCUGACUUUGGACUCGCCAAGAUUGUACCAGCUGGUGCAGCGGAUUGGACUCCUGUAAUUGCUGGAACACGCGGAUAUAUAGCUCCUGAGUACGCGUAUACAUGUAAGGUGACCGAGAAGAGCGAUGUUUACAGCUUUGGUGUAGUCCUAAUGGAGUUGGUGACCGGAAAGAGGCCAAAUGAGCCCGAAUUUGGGGAAAACAAGGACAUAGUGAGUUGGGUGUGCAACAAGGUUUGGGACAAAGAGAGUAUGCUUGAUGUGGUGGACUCUGGCAUCUCAGAAGCCAUGAAGGAAGAGGCCCUGAAUGUAUUGCGGAUCGCAGUGCACUGCACCUCAAAGAUCCCAGCACUUAGACCGUCAAUGAGAAUGGUUUUUCAAAUGCUAGAAGAGGCUGAUCCCUGUAAGCAUACUGGCAUUGUUGUUGAUAAAGAAUGUGGAAAUUAGUCCUCUCCAUGUAAGAAAUUCACUGGCAGGCUGGCAGCAUAUUCCAUAACUCUUUUUCUUUUGGCUGAUUUGAUGUAAUAUAUUGGUGUACUAGGCCUUGGAAAGUGGACAUUUGUUAGGCCAAAUCCAAAUAAAACAAGCAUCAAAGCUUGUAAUGAAAAGCAAAAGUGAGGCUGCAACUAAUGCUAAGGAGGCAAAAGUGAUGUAUUCGUGGAGCGUUUGCGUUGUAAAAGAGCAAAGUAUUGGUUCCUAUUUUCUGUUCCUUGUUGAAUAAUAAUCAUAAUUUUAAUGUU